CACCCGCGGCCACCACUUCAUCCAGUUUGAUCUGAAGGUAGUCAGCAAGUCGACAUAACCAAAAUGAUCAGCAACCUAGCAGUACUUGCGGUGGCAGUAGUCGCAGUAACGGCUCUACCCAGGCCAGAGCCAGCUGAAAACUCGUUGUUUAAGGGCGAAAGGAACCUAUAUGGACUAGGUGGCGGCCAUCUUUUAAGGGAUUUAGAAAGCGCCCUACGAGAGAACCCCAUGGUUUAUGAAAGACCUUCUAGGAACCUGGACUCACUAGACGGAGUGACAUUUGGCUCAUCAAAAAGAAAUUCCGUUGAUCCCUCUGAGACAAAGAGGAACAUGGAUGAGAUUGACAGAGCUGGAUUCGACACAUUCGUCAAGAGACAACUCUACAACGUUGGACUAGCCGACCGAGUUGCAAGAAAACGGAACUUUGUACCUUCACAUUAUGAGAUGUACGGCAAUUACAACCCGGUCCCAUUCUUUUAGAUCUGUUCGAGACUAUCUAUCACGCCCCGAAUCCAUCCAGAUGAUACUUCAAUCGGAAAAGCAAUUCCCCAAAUUACACUCUUUUCUCUUUGUUUUAAAAUAAAGUCAUAUUUGGUAUCGUAGCUUUAGCCUCUAUUGAUGUGUCGCACUCGGUUUUGUUAACAAGUCUAAACGAAAUUGUAGAAUUGUAAUUGUAUGUUUACAAAAAAAUUUAUUAAAUUGUUUUCCCUUGUAAAUGUUCAGUAUAAAUUGUAUUUUAUUUCCCUAAGCCUAUAUACUUAAAUAAAAGGAAUUUCUUAAUGUUUUAGCAAUA